GGAAGAAGGUUCCUGCGUUAAUUCUCUACAGAUUACAGAUAGUUCAAGAAUCCUCAGAUCUGAUCGUAAUUUCUUAAAAAAAAUGUCAUCUACCUUCAGCGGCGAUGAAACUGCUCCAUUCUUCGGCUUCCUCGGCGCUGCAGCUGCCCUAGUUUUCUCCUGUAUGGGAGCUGCUUAUGGAACCGCAAAGAGUGGUGUUGGUGUGGCCUCCAUGGGUGUUAUGAGGCCAGAGCUUGUAAUGAAAUCGAUCGUUCCGGUCGUUAUGGCUGGAGUUUUAGGUAUUUAUGGGCUGAUUAUUGCCGUCAUCAUUAGUACGGGAAUAAACCCUAAGGCCAAAUCAUAUUACCUUUUUGAUGGUUAUGCACACCUUUCUUCUGGUCUUGCUUGUGGUCUCGCUGGACUCUCUGCUGGAAUGGCGAUUGGGAUCGUUGGUGACGCUGGCGUUAGAGCUAAUGCACAGCAACCAAAACUCUUUGUUGGAAUGAUCCUGAUUCUCAUCUUCGCCGAAGCGUUGGCUCUUUAUGGGCUCAUCGUUGGUAUUAUCCUUUCUUCCCGAGCUGGUCAGUCCAGGGCAGACUGAGGAAUAGGAGAACCUUGCGAUUUCUGUGUGACUUAUUGGUAUCAUUUGGAAGUUCAUGUUCUCUGCGGCCUAGUAAUGGUAAUUCAUCAUGUUUCUCUAUCGACAAAAAUUCUUCAGUUGGAACAUGAUUGCUUCGCUGCCUUCUUUUGUACUGGUUGUAGAAUUAGGAAGGAGUUUUUCUUGUCAAAAUAAAGCUUGGGAAGCUUUUCAUUUAUUGAUUGCUGUAUUUUGCAAAUAUAAGUACUAGAUGGUGUAGAAACUGUCACUCUGGAUUAAAGAGUCUUUGUGGGUGGUUUUCGUGCUCA